AUGAAUGAUCCACGCCUUCCCUACCCAGGCUGGGCAGCACCGAUUCGGAACAAUGUCACAUGGCUUCGAACCGUUUUUCAUCAAAGGAUGAUCGACGCACAGAGUGAAACAGCUGGACGAUAUCAUUCCGAAAUGCUCCUCUCCUUCAUCGAGGACCACCUCAGCAGGCCUCAAAUUUCAAAGAACAAGGCCGUAUUUAUAUCAGGACAUGACUCCAACUUCAUGGCCCUCGGUCGGCAACUCAACAUCACUCGAAUAGCCAAUGAAAUGGUCCCGUAUGCAGCACUAUUGGCCGUUGAGCUCCAUACUAUAAAUGGAACAAAUGUUGUGGAGAUAUGGCUGUCACCAUCGCUUAACGACGAGUUGGUCCGUAUGGAUAUACCGCAAUGCCCGAAUCCGUGUAAGCUGGAAACACUCAAGGAAUUUCUCAAGGGACGACGUUUGACGCGAGACGCAUGGAUACAACAAUGUCGUGGUGUAGGGCUACAUACUGGAUACAGUAGUGUAGUUACAGCAUCGAUAAUUCUUCUUCUGGCGAUCUUUGUCGUAUCAACCGUGGUCCUUGCUUGCACAACAUUCUCGUAUAGGAAACAAGUGAAGGAGCUUCAGGAUCCUGAACGGCGACGUCUCUUGGAAGAAUCUUGA